CUGACACACGGGAGGAGGGAGGACGAGGAGGAGUAGAGUAAGCGAGGCGUGGAAGUCGUGGAAGGAGACGCAUCCUCAGCUCAGUGGUGGAAGCAACAUCUCUCUGUCAGAGUCGGACUGUUCUUUUGGACAGUACUAUUCGUCUUAAAACAAUACAUCUGUUGUGAUGUGGAUUUACAAGCUGCUGUUGACACUCUUCAUCCUGUCCUGUUCAGAGGGCAGAAGAAAUGCCCUGCAGGACUACCAGAGGACCGAUGGCGUGCAUCUGGUGGUCACGCCCCUAACCCCAUCCCACCUAACCAAAAGCAGGAAGAUCAGCAUUGCCAAGUGUGCUCGAACCUGCAGCCGCAACAAAAAACUCCCAUUCACCUGCAGAGCGUUCCUCUAUGAUCACCAAAACAGGAAAUGCCAGUGGUUGUCUUUUGACCGGAACUCACCAGUCGCCCAAUUGCAAAACGACUUGAAUUUCCAGCUUUAUCAAAAGAAAGAUUACAUACGUGAGUGUAUCGUGGGUACAGGUCAGAGCUACAGGGGGAGACGGUCGGUGACAGUCACUGGGAUCCAAUGUCAGGCCUGGGCUUCCAAUAUUCCUCAUGAACACAAAUUCAUGUCCAAGCGCUUCAGGAAGAAGGACCUCAGGGAGAACUACUGUCGUAACCCUGAUAAUUCCACCGUCGGACCAUGGUGCUUCACUACUGACCCACGAGCACACCUGAGACACCAGGAGUGUGCUAUACCACAGUGUUCCCAAGUGGAAUGUAUGCAUUGUAAUGGUGAGGAUUACAGAGGACCCAUGGACCACACAGAGAGCGGAAAGGAAUGCCAACGUUGGGACCUGGACGAGCCACACAAGCACCUGUACCACCCUGAAAGGUAUCCUGACAAGGGCCUUGAUGAUAACUACUGCAGGAAUCCAGAUGGACGCCACAGACCGUGGUGCUUUACCACAGACCCUAACACAAUCUGGGAGUACUGUAACAUCAAAGUUUGUGACAUACCUCCCAAAAGAACGGUGGUGGAAACAAGCCAGUGCUACCAGGGUAAUGGAGAAGCUUACAGGGGGAUGGUGGACAUGACCCCCACUGGGCUCACCUGCCAACGCUGGGACUCUCAGUAUCCCCAUAACCACUCGUUUAUCCCACAGGCAUACACUUGCAAGGAUCUGAGGGAAAACUACUGUCGGAAUCCAGAUGGCCAACAAUUCCCAUGGUGCUUCACGACAGACCCAAGAGUCCGCACAAUGUUUUGCACCAACAUCCCCCUGUGUGGCUCCCAAAACAAGCCUGAUUGCUACGAAGGCUUUGGAGAAAAAUACCAAGGAGAGCAGUCGAGGACGAGAUCAAACCUGCCCUGUGCUCCCUGGAGGGAACACAGUAACAGUGGCGAGAGGGGCUUGGUGGUUUCAAGCCUAGAGAGGAACUACUGCAGAAACCCUGAUAAGGACAAACAUGGACCAUGGUGCUACACCAACAAUUCUGCUAUACGAUGGGACUACUGUCAUGUCAAACCAUGUAAUGCUUCCCAGAGCAUCAUUCCAGUGGGUGAGCUGUCCUCUGUGGGUUGUUUUGUUCAUAAGAGAACCAGGAUCGUUGGAGGAGGUCCAGUGAGUGUAUCUGACGGCAGCUGGAUGGUCAGCAUACAAAAAGGGUCAAUACAUUGGUGUGGGGGUUCACUCAUACGAGAGGAGUGGGUACUCACAGACAGACAGUGCUUUUCCUCAUGUGUUCCAGACCUGAGUGAGUAUCGAGUGUGGCUGGGAGUAUCUAAUAUUCAGGAGUCUGAUUGGUCAACAAGACAGGAAGUCAGCAUCGCGCAGGUGAUAUGUGGCCCAGAAGGUUCCAGUUUGGCCCUAAUAAGGCUUUCCAAGCCUGCCCUCCCUGCAGACAACAUCCAUACCAUUCAGCUGCCUGUAGAUGGUUGUUCCAUCUCGGAAGGUACCAUGUGUAAAAUGUAUGGAUGGGGAGAGACCAAAGGUACAGGUCAUGAGGGCAUCCUAAAAGCAGUCAGUCUGCCCAUUGUGAGCAACGAAAAGUGCAGAGAGUUGCACAGGGGAAGCCUGCAUAUCACCAACUCCAAAAUCUGUGCAGGAGGCAGGAGGAACGAGGGCGUGUGUGAGAGAGAUUAUGGUGGCCCUCUGGUGUGUCAGGAUGGCGAGCUCAAGGUUAUUAUUGGCGUGAGCAUCCACGGCAGAGGUUGCGCUCGUGCCAACAGACCCGGCAUCUUCAUCAACGUGCCGUUCUACACACAAUGGAUCUACAAAGUCUUCAAACAUUACCCUGAACCAGAGCUCAGCACGGAAUAACACACAGCAAACCAGGGGAUUAAACUAACAUUGUACCAGCAACUGCAGCAAAACUCAGGAGGACUCAUCCGCUUUUAGGAUUGCUUCUUAGUAGAUGAGUAAGUAAAAUGUAAGAUUUAAACACACCAUGAACAGAUGCUGCACUCUUCAGAGCACAUGAUGGUAAUUACCAAAAAUACACAGCUGUUCAGGUGUUUAGUAGCACAUUACAGCAGCAAGUAAAGACGAGAUGGUGCCCGAAUCAGACUAAGAAAAAAUUUAACAAUUAUAAUAAUCAAACAGUGCAGUGGAAAGGACUUACUUGUUACUCCUUUUACUACUUUGAUGCUUCAGUAACUGUUGCUGCUAUUAAAAUAACAAUAUUCCAAGAUGAAAUUAUAUUUGAGAGAAAAUAGGUGUAAUUGUACAAAAGUAAAUUAGAAUUUUUCAAGUUUUAUAAGAAAGUCUUCAUGAAUGAAUUAAAAACUUUAACUUUAAAGAGUUAACAAAUUAAAAAGUCAUAAUUCUGUGUGGUAAUAUUAAAGCUGUAUUAUAAAGAAGCAGUGGAAAUAUGUAAACUGAAGCAGCAAAGUUAGCAAAACCCAAAGUUUGGCCCACCAACCACUUAAAUUCCAAUUUCCCUUCCAGCAGCAAUGAUUUACAUCACACAGACAACAUUUGAACUAGAAACUGCAACCAUAUACUUGCUUGACUUCUUUUUUCCUGGCCACGUCACCUUUGCAUUUCUUGUUAGGCUUCAGAAUUCAUUGGGCCACUGGCAAUUAAUUAGUCUUGCCGAUCAAGCUGUUAGCUCAGUCUUGCACUAUACAGAUGAUGAGAGACUUAGUCAUGAUUUUUGAAACUGAACCACCAUUCUGUAUUAACUCUAAAAUACCUCCCCCAGCCCUUAAUGCAGCAUGACCACUGGUACUGUAAGUUAAAUACAUCAUGUAGCGAUAAAGUUGUGUUAUGUGCGAAUACUUUGGAUUCCUGGCAUUACUUGAAACUUUUGAACACCAAAGUGUUGUGGCUCAGCAACAGAGUACAUCCAUGUGUUGGAGGCAGGGCUUUUAAGUGUAUAUAAUUAUUUAAUGAGUGUAUUAUGGCACUCUAUGUUGGGUCUUAUAGAUCUAUGUAUGGCAAGAUAAAUGAAUGUUGUAGUUGAAGCGAGUAUUCAUGAAUUUACAUUCAAGCUUUCACUUACAUUGUAUAAAAAAAUGCCUAUAAACCUCAUGUCAAUUGAAACCCACUGACUGUAUAUUAAUAUAUAAUGUAUAUAUAUAUACUGUAUCUGUGGAGAUGUACAGGGAUUUAGCUGGUAUAGGAGUCCUUAGAAACGUUUUUGCAAUUAGGGAUGGCCAUUUGAUUAGUCUAUGAGAGUUUUGAAAUCCUAUUCCGAUGCUGUUUGGAAGCUGAAUCAACAGCACCUCUGCUGGUUGCAGCCAAGUACUGCAUUCAAUUUUGCCAGAUAUAAACACAACCAAUGAAUCAAUUAUUAUGACCAUCCCUUUUUGCGAUACCGCUUUUUUGUAGAAAUGGACCAAAUCAAAACACUGAAAGAGGAGAACGUUCGUGUGCGCUGCUCUCCUCUACAGAUUUGUAUCGUAUUGUUACAUUUGUUCUGUAUAACCGCAUCCACUCUGAAAUAAUUGUAUUCCAAUAUGCUACAUGUCUAUGUUAUUUGACAUAUUUUAACAUAUUAAAUGUUUUCUUUAAUCUUG